UGGGGGAGCGAAAAUGAAAAUCCGUUGACAGUAGAAGAAACAGAAAGAGAGAGCUCAACCGACUGAGAAUUCACUUCCAUUAAUGGCUUACAGGAGGCGGCAGCAACAGGGGAGGACUGGCGCUCCCUACUCCAAUAAUUAUGACACUGCCGCUUUGCCGGACGCCAUUACGACUUCUUCCGCCUCCUCUCUGGCCGCCAAAGCCAUCAGAGCUUCGGCAGAGUACAGGGACUCCUCACUGUCUACCGCCUAUGAACAGUCAGCGCUCUCUUCGCCACGUGAUUCCGCUCUUUCCUCUGCUAAGGAGUCAUCCCUCUAUGAGGAUACACCAAAGGAACACAUGAAUGAAUCUAAGCAAGGAUUCUGGGGGGCGCUGGCUCGAAAAGCUAAAGCAAUUCUUGAUGAUGAUAAUGGAGCUCAACCACAUGAAGUGCCAGAAUGGACAACGACCCAGACAUCUGAGAGGGCCAAAAAGGUCCAGGACCAUAGCACAUACAGCUCUUCAGAAAGCUAUCUAAAGACUCAGAGCUCUUCAUUACAAAAAGGAUUAGGUGCUAUUGCAUCAUCCCUUCAACACAUUGGCGGAACCAUUGGUAAUGCUCUUGAGGGAGGUAUCACGGCAGUGGAGAACCGGACUGCAGACAUAAUUCAAGAAACUCGCAAGAUUCAAAUAAGGAAAAAGGGUGGCAGCACUGUAGCACAGGACCAGGCUUCAAAUCUUGGUAGCUUGCGGAAACAACAUAUGUUCCAGACACGUAUGCAGCCUCAGUCUCAGUUACACACUGAUUUGGAAAUGCAACUGAAAGCAUCUCGCGACGUUGCAAUGGCAAUGGCUGCAAAAGCAAAACUUCUUCUACGAGAACUGAAGACAGUCAAGGCUGACCUGGCUUUUGCAAAGGAACGCUGUGGUCAGCUGGAAGAAGAAAAUAGAGUCCUUAGGGAGAGCCGUGAGAAAGGAAACAACCUCGAAGAUGAUGAUUUGGUAAGGCUUCAGCUUGAGACCCUUUUGGCUGAGAAAGCUCGACUCGCGCAAGAGAAUUCAGUCUAUGCACGGGAGAAUCGUUUCCUAAGAGAGAUUGUUGAGUACCACCAGCUCACAAUGCAGGAUGUCGUUUACUUAGAUGAAGGCAGUGAAGAGGUUACUGAAGUUUACCCCAUCAAGAUAGCUACAGCCACUAAUAUGCAGUCCAACGGCACAAAGCUUUCAUCCUCUCCUAUCCCAACAGUUCCCAAGGGUGCAAUUCCACAAGUUACCCACAAUGUUUCUCCUGGUUCUUUGCCGCCCCGAGACCUCAAAGAGGCUGCCCACAAUAUCAAACCUUCGAACCCGUACAUCCAAUCGCCAGCAGAAGUUUUGAGAAGGCAUUAACCAGUUUUGGUGGCCGUGGCUUGAUUUCUAAUGCACCAGAAGAGGUUUGGCUCUGUAUGAGCAUCAGUUGCCUGUUUGGUUUUGUACCAGUACAUAUUUGUUA